AUGAAUCCUCUGGGGCACAAAGUCACCCUUCCUACUCCAAAUUCUCCCUCACCUGAAGGCAUGACAAAUCCUUGUACCAUGAUCUCUGGCAAAUACAAAGUGAGGAUCCUUUCAUGCCUGUCAACAAAUGUUGCCGACUCUGAUAUUGAAUCAAAUGAAGGCUAUUAUGGCCGUGGCUCUAUACUAGACAAUUCGUCCUGCCACUUGGCCCACAAUCUGGUCCUUAAAUUUGAGCUGAUCAGUUUUGCCAGACAAGCAAAAGUGGAAGAUCCAAAUCGGGCUAACUUCUUUGGAUGGCAUCAUACUUCAAGAUCUGCUACAGGAUACCAUCCAAGCAUAAUUGCGAAAGAAUCAGAUGAGAAACAGCAGUCCCAACUUAAGUUAAUCCUGUCCUUCAAACAGUAUAUUGUUAAGGGAGAGCUUGAAAGUACCCUCAGUGCACUCGCCUUUGGUCUUGAACACGACAUAAUAGAUACAAGCUUCCUGCAGUUCAAGGGCAAGUAUGAGCUGGUAUCUAGCUCCAUCUUGGCAGCCACACCCCUUGCUGUCAUCCAUUUUAUCCUUGGUGGCAAGAACAGGAUCCUGAUGCCUGUUCAACUCCUCUCCCAUUACCUCGACAAGUUCUACCCCAGCAGUGGGUUUCUGUAUAUCAAGAUCCCAUUCGACGUUGUUUCGUAUAAGCAGAUCAAAAACUACACCCUCAACCAGGUUCUCUCUACAGUGUUGAAGCCCUAUGUCAGAAUCCUUAAGUCUGCACACAUUGUCUUUCUGGUCUGCGGCUCUGUGGUGGUGCACAAGACACCCUACACUCAGCUCAAGGAGUCUUCAGCUGUGUCUACCCCAGGCAAGCACAAGAAUGACAGUGUACCUAUUGGGACUGCAAAGAAGCCUGCUCUAAGGUUACAUGAUGUAUAUCCAUCCUUGCCAAAAGCUCCUGAUUUAUACAACUAG